UUUCAUCAGUCCUCUGAGACUCCUGUCCAUUGUCAUGAGUUUCUAGAAUAUAGAUUAUAAAUCAACAUUUGCUUAGUAAUCUCAAGACACUUUUUUGUUUGAAUUUAUUGUAAUUAUUAUUUUCUUCAGUGAAAAUCCACUGGCAGCUGGAAUAAAAUGAAGCAACUGUGUCUCUAUAUCUUAUCUUUCUCAGGACUCUUAUCUGUAGCUCUCUGUAAACAUCGUGAGUUUAUUCUGAUCAAAGAGUUAAAGACAUGGACAGAUGCACAAACUUACUGCAAAAUCAAUCACGUGGACCUGGCCACCAUUCAAACUGCUGAAGAUGAGACAAAUGUACAAGAAGUAGCACUAAACAGUACGUUCACAUCAGUCGCCUGGAUUGGACUUUACGAUAACAUCAACAGCUGGAGAUGGUCUUAUCAGGAGGAGAGCAUUGAUUUCUUAAAAUGGUAUCCCGGACAACCAGAAAACUAUGGUGCAGGAGAGGCAUGUGUUACAUUACAUAAUAGUGGAUAUUGGUGUGAUAGAUACUGUACUAACACAUACGCUUUUCUUUGUUUUGAUGUACUUAACAGCACGGUGGAAUAUUACUUAAUUAAACAGCCAAAGACAUGGAGCAAUGCUCAACAAUACUGCAAAGAUCGAUAUACAGACCUGGUCACCAUUAGAAAUGAAACUGAAAAUGAGCUGUUAAGAAAUCUGAUGUAUGGGUAUGGAGAGGUUUGGAUCGGAUUAUUCAGGGAUACAUGGACGUGGUCAGAUAAGUCCAAUCUUUCUUCAUCAAACCAACUGGCUGCUCAGUCUCUCAGUGGAGGAACUCAAAACUGUGCUACUAGAAAUUAUUAUGGUUCCUUUCAAAAUUGGGUUUGCUCUAGAAUUUUUAACUUCUAUUGCAAUACUGUAAAGCUAAGAAGGCAGAUUGUGAGGGUGCAGCUGAACUCCACUGUGGACAAUAUGAGUGAUGUUCAACUGAAGACACUUGUGUUACAGAAGUUACAGGAGACUCUAUCUGAUCUGAUGGUAGAUGGUGAGCUUACACUGACGUGGAGGAAGCAGCUGAAUGGAAAAGUCUUUCAGAAGAGAAUUGUUCCAUCACCUGCUUAUGUCAGCAAUGUUUGCUAUAACCAAUUUUACUGAAGUUACAUUUUUUUCCUGGGACAAUUUUUUUUUUAUUUAGUUGGGAAAUUAACAUGUAGAUAUAAUCUUUACUAGCAAACCUGUGGCUCAGAUUACUGUCUAGCUUUUAUGUUAAAAAUCUUUCUUAUCAUCUUUAAAUAUUGUGUGUAAAUACUGUGAUGGGUCAAAAAGAAAAUGCCAACACAUCUAUUCCUGAUACGAGUUAGUUUGGGGCUUAUAAAAUAUUUUUGUCAGCUGAACCCCCUUGAUGUAAAUUAUUCACGUAAGAUACCCUCUGAGAUAUUAAAGGUAUUGCAGAGGAUUUUCUUUUUCCUGGUGGAUCAUCAAGACUAUUGGUCCUCCUAGUUGUCAAUCAAGAGUGUUGCGCAAUUGCAUUUUUAAAUAAAAAUGGAGAAGGCGGUUCUUUUCUAAAAUUUGAGAAAAUCCUCCGCUAUACCUUUAAGUAAAUAUUUUUAUAAUGUAAUAUCACAGUUGCAUGUUGAAAUUUAAAAACAUAGACUUUUCAUUGGUUUUAAAAGUUUUAUCAGUAGUAUUUUACAUAGUUAUUGUUAUCAUUACCUGUUAUUAGACCUUUAUAUGGUUUAUGUAUGGUUUCUAUUCCUUAUAUUUCUUUUAUCUGGUACAAAAACAAAUCCUGUUCUCCAGUUUUCAGAUAUAUUGUAGUGUUGCAUAUUUGGGAUUAGUUUUUAAAUAGUUAUUUAAAUGUUAAUGAUUUUUAUCAACUAAUGAAGCCUCUGCAACUCCCUUGCGAACCAGCAGGGGUUUGCGAAUCUCAGUUUGGUCAAUGUUGGUUUAGGGCAUACAAAUCUGGGAAGCCAAUUGUGAAUAAAAUAAACAAUGAAGAAUUCAGUGUUUUUGAGAAAUUCAUU